AUGUCCACCCCCACUGAUCUCCAGGCUCUCCUGGCCAGCAUUCGGCCGCGCCCUUCUCCCUCCAACACUCCUGGUCAGGAUCAUACUCAGGCCCAGCGCCAGGCGUAUUAUCAGCAAGCCAUGUUCCCGCCGCACCCCCAGCACCAGCAGCCCUACGACGGCCAGAGCUACCCUCAACCGCAAUCACACGGCUACCAGCAUCCUUCGGUAUCAUCUACCAUCCAAAGCCCUGCGCCGAUGAACACUCCGCCUCACCACGGCUCCGACAUUCUGAGCCCCAACAUGUCAACCCCCCGAGGUGAAUGGCAGCACCAGCAGGCGCCGCCGCCGCAGCACCCGCCGCAGCACGGCAACCCGGGCUCCAAUGACCUUCUGAACCUCUUGCGAUUCAGUCAGCGACCCGGCGGUGGUGUUCCUCAGCCACAGGCCCCAGCUCCGGCGCCUGAGCAUCUGCAGGCCCCAUCAGUCCACCCAGGCCAUGAAGCUCACACGUCACACGGACGAAACAUUUCCGCCUCUGACCUGGUUGCUUCGUUGUUCGGUAACCAGGCCGCAGGAAAUGCGGCUCCGUCACCUACCCCACCUGCUGUGCCCCCUGGUUUCCAAUCUGGCCACCCCGAGGGUCCCAAUGAGAACACUCAGGAUAUGUUGCUUCGUCUCCUCAAUCGUUCUCAGUCCGGUGCUUCGGCCGCCAGAAGCCCGGCUCCGGCUCCCGUCCAGCAGCCACCAUACGUGCAAGCUAUUGUCGAUGAGCCCCAGAGCGAGCCAAGCAACAACGGCUUCAUGGAGUUUGUGGACGAGAGUCCUUUGGCGCCUGCGAACCCGGAAACGGUCGUAUCGCCCAACUCCAAGGACUCAAUGUUUACCUACGUCAACCCCUUUGACCAGUUGGCUGCUAUCUCUCCUCGCAACAAGUCUCCCAAGCAGCCUGCGUCGGGCCAGCAGAGUCCCGCUGUUGAGGUGACGCAGAAGCAAAAGAUCAAUGUAUCUGCUUCUCUGGAGCCCGCUGCGCCAGAGCCUGCGGCUUUUAAGCAUGAGCCUCGGUCGCCCAUUUUAAGCGAAGGACAGCGGGAGGCGGUGAAUGACGUUGUUGGCCGUCUGGUUAACGAGAUUGGUCGGUCUCUCGGCGGUGAUGAAACUCAAGCUGCAGUCGAGGCUAGCGCUGCGGUGGCUAAUGUCAAGGAGGAAUCCUCCGAGGCAGUUGUCUCCUCAAUCGCCGAUCAAUUGGACGACACCGCCGCUGUCGCUGAAGAUGUGGUCAACUCGCUCAAGGUUGACGAGGUGGUGAAGGAAACCGUGGUGGAAGCUCCUGCCGUCCCGGUCACUCUCAAGGUGGCUGACACCACUGAGGCUCUUGCCGACAGCUGGGAAAGUGCCGAAGACAGUGCCGAAAAGGAAGAGGAACGAGUUGUCUCUGUUCAUAAUUUCCCCAUGAGGCCCUUCAUUUCUAUCGCCGUGAAGGCAACAGCUGGAAAGCUCAAUGUGUUCCGUGACGAUGACGUUAUGGAUAUCGCCCGCCUGAAGAAGGAAUUCGAUCAGCUGGACCGAUCUUUGACUGCCGCCACAUCUGAGUAUAUUGUUUAUGCGCUCGCCAAAACCGGUGGUAUUAGAAUCAUUCGACAGGAUGACGGCAGCGACCGACAGGUCUUCCGUUCGACACGUGACCGUGUAUUCAAUGUCGCUCUUUGCACCGCUCCUUCCCCUGCUGGGGAUUCUGAAGUCCAGGCCAUCCUGGGCAUUGGAGUCAGCGGCUCUGUAUACUGGGCUUUGAUUUCUCGUUCUGGAAAGGACUUCUUUGACAUUGAUGCAUUGGAGAGCGAGAGCCUGAUCUUCCCACCUUUCCCGGCUUCGGAUGAGAACACUUCUGGUGGCCAGCUGAAAACGCGGGCCAAGCGAAGCACUCGUCACACCAACUUAUUUGCCAUUGGUCGGGGUAAGAAUAUUUACGUCGUUUCUCCCAAGGCGGCAAUGAGCCCUGCCUACGGCGUCUCUGGAACCCAGCGCACAGUCAACACCGAGAAGUUCUUCAAGGAACGUGCCUUGAAGAUCUCCACUGGUAAAGCCGGCAAGGACUUUGCUUUCAGUGACGAUGACUCUGUCAUUGCUUCUUUGGAUAAGACCGGCCGUCUGCGCUUCUGGGAUAUUAAUGACAUGCUGAACGAUGCCAGCCUGGUGGAAGGAGCUCCGCCUGCCGAAAUCAAGGUCCCCUUGACCACCUUUGUGACCGGCUCCCCUACCGAGAAGUCUUGGCCCACCUCUGUCCUUUUCCUCGACAAACUCCGCGCGUACUCGCGUUCCAUGGCCCUUCGCUAUGUUCUGGUUGGACUCAAGCAGAACCACACCUUGCAGCUCUGGGAUAUUGGGCUCGGUAAGGCUGUGCAGGAGUUGAAGUUCCCUCACGAGAACGAGUCCGACGCUAUCUGUAGUGUUGCUUACCACCCAUCCUCUGGUGUCAUCGUUGUUGGACACCCCACGCGCAACUCUAUUUACUUCGCCCAUCUUUCUGCUCCUCGGUACAAUCUGCCCCAGAUGUCUCAGGCUGCGUAUAUCCGCGAUCUUAAUGACAAGGACAACACUCUUCCCAAGCCGGAAUCUACAGCUUGCUUGAGUGGAAUUCGCGAGAUCUCCCUAGGCGCCAAGGGUCAAUUGAGAAGCUUGGAGCUCCUGCCUGUUACUAAGCCUGCCCUUGACAAGAGCGGUGCUGAAGAGACCCCCUUGUUUGAGCUAUAUGUCAUGCACUCGCGCGGUGUUACUUGUCUGAACAUCAAGAAGGAGGACUUGGGCUGGACAGCCGACAAUAAGGUCAUUCGCCCUGUUGAUGCCCUGGAGCAUAGCUUGAUCGAAAUCAGUGAACUCCAAACUUUCCCAAGCUACGCAACUGAUGAGCCAUCUGUCAACGGUGACACUGCAUCCACCAUGUCCCGCCCUGCUCCUAAGGAGCCAGUCAAGAAGACUGAUGUUGGAGAGCCUGCUUCUGGUGUCGCCCCUUCGCGCAACGCAUCUCCCACCAAGUUGGUUCGAAAGAAGACCGCUGAGGAGCCUAGUGAACUUGCAGCCACCCCUGUCACCCUCGACAAGUCUGACAAGAAGAAGAAGAAGAAGACUGCGAAGGAACCCGCUGCCACCUCCAGCGUUGAGCCCCUCCCCACGCCUUCUAAGGACAUCGAUACCGUUGCUUCUUCCACCGCAUCAAUGGGUUCAACUCAGAUUGCUGACAACUCUCUGCCAAGCAACCUUUCUGGCAUGGGCCUGUCAAGUGAAGCCUUGGCCAAGCACAUCCAAUCUCUGCAAGGCAAUGUCCAGAGUGAGUUUAACAAGAGCCUCGGCCAAGAGUUCGAGAACUUGCACCGUCGCUUCGACGAAGAACGGCAGAAUUGGGAUGCUGCGUCAUCCGCCAAGCAAGACCAAGUGCUGCGUUUGGUCUCUAGCACGCUUUCCGACAACGUCGAGAAGAACUUGGCUCGUAUUGUCUCUAGCAGCAUCCAGACCGAUGUGAUUCCCAUCAUCACCGAGGCCACCUCUGCUGCAGUCAGCAAGCAGCUUGGUGGUGCUGUUUCUCAGAAACUCGGAGGCGCCAUCAACGAGGAGCUGCGUCAGUCCCUCCCCAAGGCUGUCAUCAACGCGAUCCAGCAGCCACCUGUGCUGAAGGCUGUGACCGAAUCCCUCGCACAAAAGCUUGCACCUCGCAUCGAGACGGAAGUCACUCGAGUCAUGCAGACUUCAAUUGGUCCAAUGCUGGAGGCCCUCGGACGUACCACCACGAAGGUCGAGAAAGACCUGGAGCUCCACUUCCAGACGCAGGUCAAGAAAUACGAGGCACAACGCCAGAGUGACAAUGCCAGAUUCGAGGAGAUGGCAGCUGUCCUCCGUGACUUGACCAAGCAGGUCUCUGUGCUGUCUGCCAACCAAGGCCACCAGCUUCGUCCAAGUCAGAGCCCUCAGCACCAAGCUCCCCAUCGGGAGAUUCCGGCCAACAAGCGAGCUCCCGCUGGACGCCCAGUUGAGAACCAGAUGCGUAUGCCGCAGGUGUCUCACCCGCAGCCUCUGGCUCAAUCGCAUGCUGCUCCGAUUCACGUUCAAGCGCCUGCUCCUAUCCCUGUCCCCGCGCCCGUUCCUCGAUCCCCCGAGGAAGCUGAACUCGCGGAAAUCGCGCAGCUUAUCAAUGCGGGUCUUUUCGAGGAGGGAACCGUCAAGUGGCUGCAAUCGAACCAACAGGCCGAUCUGUUCGAUAACUUCUUCGUUCACAUUUCGCCUUCCUACUUGUCCCGACUCUCUGCCAUUGUCAUGCUCUCGGUGGCCGUGGCCGUCACCUCUACUCUAGCAACCAACAUUGGCCAGCGCCUGCAUUGGCUCGAAGUUGUUCUGCAGAACGUGGACCCAAGGGACACCGAUCUCAAGGAAGUUGCUCCACGCAUUCUCGACAUCAUGAGCCAGCGCCUGAACAACCUGUAUAUGGGUGUCGUUGAGCGCAACCCGCAUGAUCCCAUCCUGCGUCACAUUGCGCCUCUGGCCCGUCGUGCUCGUGAAUUGAUUGCCAAUUUGAGCUAG